AUGGCAUCAUCAUCACCAUCAGCAACAACAACAGGGAAUUCAAGUGAUGUAUCAGCACAACAAAUUGGUAGAGCAUUUGUUGUUCAAUAUUAUCGUCUUCUUCAUGAACAUCCUGAAUCUUUACAUCGAUUUUAUUCAUUAUCAUCAACAUUUAUGCAUGAUGAUCCAAGUAAAACUGUUACUGGAGUUGAAAAUAUAGCUAAGCGUAUUGAAGAAUUAUCAUUAAAACAACGUCAUGUUAAAAUUCGUCAAGUUGAUUGUCAUUCAACUGUUGGUUCAUCAGUUGUUGUACAAGUUUGUGGGGAAAUAUCUUCAUCAUCAAUAGCUGAUAAUCCUACACCAAUUAUGAAACGUUUUGUUCAAACAUUUGUUCUUGCACCAACAGUUAAUGCUAAACAAAAAUAUUACGUACACAAUGAUAUAUUCAGAUAUCAAGAUGAUGCUAUAUGGACUACAACAACAGAUAAUACUAAUACAAAAACAUCACCAUCAACAACAGUAACAGAUAAUAAUGAAGUGGCAUCGUUUGGAACUAUUCCAAUAAUAUCAACAUUAACUUCAGUAGUACAAACAUCAAUAGUUCCAUCAUCUUCAACAAAUAUUAAAUCUUCAGCUAAUACAAUAAUUAAAAAAGAAGAUAAAUCUAAAACAAAUACAAGUUCAACAGCUAAUGUUACACCUCCAGCUACACCUGUUAAUGAACAAGAGAAAACUCAAGAUAAAGAACAAUCAUCAAAACCAAAAUCUUAUCGAGAUGCUAUUGGAAAAAAAGAAAAACAAACAACAACACAAAUAACAAAUGAGAAUCAAUCAAAACCAGCUGCAACUGGAAUAAAAACAUCAAAAUCUGCUAAACAAAGAUCAUCAAAAUCGGGUGGUCGAAAUGCACGAGGUACACGUGGUCGUCCUCAAGAUGUUAACGAAUAUUAUGAUGAUUCAUGGUAUUAUGGAGCUGGUGAAGAAGGUUAUUUACAUACUGGUUAUACAGAUGAUCAAGAAAUAUUUGUUGGAAAUCUUUCAGCUCAAAUUACAGAAGAAGAAAUUCAUGAUUUAUUUCGUUCAUAUGGUCGUCUUCUUGUUGUUCGUAUUGGUAAUACAGGAUCUCAAAUUGGUGCAGCAAAUUUUGCAUUUGUUGUAUGUCAAUCAAUUGAAAUGGCUAAAGCAAUUGUAGCUGAUCAUGAAAAUCUUUUAAAAAGUCAUCAGAUUAAUGUCGAAGCAAAAAAACGUCGUCCAUUUUCGCAUACAUUUCGUCCAACAUAUCCAACAGCUGCUUCUCCAACAAAUUAUCAAUCAACUGGUUAUUCAACAUCAGUUUAUGAACAUUCAGCAUCAGCACCAUUUUAUGAUGGAGGAGUUUCUGGUCGUGGAACACGACGCGGUGGAAAAGUAGGAACACAUUAA